GGGAAAGCGGGAUGUUUCAAAUCCUCUUCCUGAUUUUUUUGGCUCGGUGUGUUUUUGUUCAUCAUGGAGGGGAGAGGCAGUGCCGUCGGUACACCUGCCAGCAGACCUGUAACUCGUAGAAGCAAAAGUUAUGGCCGGAGCUGUGUGGAAGCACCCUCAUAUUUCUGGCAAACACCAGGACAUUUAACAGUCUUGAAGAUCCCAACCAGUAGAGGGGCUGCCAAAUCACAACUAAUCACUAAUAAGGUUGACCCUGAGCAUAUUGCUCUUUUGGUGAAAAAUGAGUGGAAGCUGUCCUAUGUCACUCCUUUGCAUUGCUUCAGACAUACACAGCUGAAAUCAUAUUCCAAGCAUCUCUCAGCCUUCAUCGUAGCAGAGAAACAGCAAGGAGUUGCAGUUGAAGUCGGGUUAGAGGCGGGAUUCAAGGUCACAUUUACUGCAGUUCUUGGACUGGCUGAGACAGAUGAGGAUGCUGAAACUGUUUUUAUUCAGAUCCAAUCCAAACCGGUGUUUGCCGCAGCAGCAGAUGCACCGAAAGUUGUCUGGCGCGGUUGGCUCACAUGCGUCAAUGGGGAUCCAGAGUACCUGAGGUCGCUGCCUCCAGAUUUUGUCAGCUUGCCUUUGUUUUGCACGAGUGGACCGGAGUCUCUUACGACCCUGGUUAAAUCCUGGUUCGAGAGGGCUUUUGAUUGCAACUUUGGUUCUUUGGCUUUAAACUCCACCACUCUCAAUUGGCUUGCUGCUUUGUGGACCGGUUGCCAUCCCACCUGCAAUAUCAGGUAUCUGAAACUGGCCUGGAGCCUUCCGACACAGCCACCCCUGGAUGUCUCAUACACGGUGAAUCCACAGGAUGCAUGGGAGCUGUGGAACAGUAUUCAUCCAGAGGAGAGUACAGAUGACCGGAUCGAUAUUAAAGAGGUCCAGUCUUUCAUGAACGGGCUGGAGACUCAUUUUUUCAGACACUUCAAGAUCUACCUGUCUGCUGGUACGCUUGUAAAAGUAUCUACCGCUCUGGGAUCAGCACAGCUUGAUGGGAAAAUCAAGAUCGGAAACAGUGACUACAUCACCACCUUGCUUACCCUCCUGACAGAAUGUGCCCUUCUGAAAAUGCUAACCUAAAAUCUUUCUAUUUUAGAUUUGUAAAUAUAUUUUUGUUGCUGGGUUUUUUUUUUCCAUGACAUCUAAACUUUUAUAUCUUUUAAGGCUUAUCGUCUCAUAUUUAUUUUUUUGUGCUGUAAAAUGUCUGUCUGUUUUCCAGCUUUUAAAAUUGAACUUGUUUUUAUUCUGCUUUUGAAUCCCGGUUUUCUUUCCUAAGACUGUUUAUCAAGACAAAUAACAUGUAUAUCAGUCCAUAAGGCUAAUAUUAAUGCGAUAUAACUCAUUUAUCAUAAAUAAAUUUGAUUGUCAACUUUGUAAAUGUAUCACUACUAUAUGUAUAGGUGCUUAUAAAUAGUUAUAACACAAAUAUGUUAAUAUCUGUAAUUAGUAUAUUGUAACAUAUGUUGAUAUUAAAUACAAACAUUUUGUACCCUUAAAAGUAUGUAAAUCACUUAGGAA